AUGACCACGUUGAAUCUUCUCUUCCGAAAUGGAUGCAAUUGCUCCGAUUUUGAUCCGUCCAUUUAUGCUCAUGAUUUUCUGAAACAAUACCCACGAGGUGGAUAUACCACCAUGCGUACUUUUCAGGUACAUUCUGUAUUUGAAUAUAAUUUUCACAUUCAUCGUCUAAUGUACUCACAGAGUCAAGUAUUGUUUAUGACAUCCUCGAAUCACAAUGCGAGGAAAUGUGCAUUGAAAGAUAUUGAAUUAGCAAAAGAAAAAGAUCAGGGGUUUUAUCCUCUCGCGUUACUUUAUGAUUUCCAAAAAUUUAAACAACUUGUUUCAAACGCUUUGAAUGUUGGAAUUAAGAAAUAUUGUGAAAUGACACAAAAAAAAAUUUCUAAUAAUGAGAAUAUCAAUGAGAAUGACAUUCCAAGCAACGAGUUAAAGCUUACAAUAUUAAUUAAUUGCUACAGAAAGGGUGACAUAAAUGGACAUGUCGAAUUUAUUGAAGAAACUAUGGAAUCCAUCUCUAAUUGUGAAUGUGUUGGAUUUGAUUUGUUUUUACACAUUACAGAAAUGGAAGAAUUGUCACAACCAAUCUCCGUGGACAUGAUGCCAGGCAGUCGUGUCCAUCUUGCCAACACCAAAGAUAGUCAUUGGGUUAUCGAAAGAGAUCCCCUCAACAAGAGAAAACACAAAGCUUGUCAAGAAGUUCUCAUGUGUGAAAACGAUGGAAUUGUAAGAGAAGGCAUCAGCUCCAAUUUCUUUGCCAUUUCCAAACACAAUUGUGUCCUCACAGCCAAGGAAGGAAUACUAUUCGGUAGCGUUCGAGCUGCCAUCAUACCAACCAAAGUGCAAGACGUGUUGCAUCACUCCCUUACAAAAGAUUGUGACACUUUACUUCCUCAAGAGGGUUUAGAAUACAUGGAAAUUAAUCCAAACAUUUCAGACAUUCUCGAAUGGAAAGAAGUUUUCAUUACCAGCACAACACGGUUAUUGUUGCCAGUUCGAACCAUUCACAUUAGUAAGGAAUGCAUUGAUGAAAUUCUUCCAAAAGAAAAGGCACAUGAGAUUAAAAUCAGUGGUUGUUUGACUGACAGCGACGAUGAAAGAUUUUACACCUUACACCUGGAACAGACCUAUCAAGGAGAAAAGUUGGGAUUAGUAUUGAAAAAUAAUUUUCUUGCCAAGAAGAGUGAGCGAGUGGUAUUUGUGUGA